ACAAACCAUAAUGGACAAUGGCGUUCAAUAAAGAAAUCCCCAACCAAAUUUAUUCUUUACAAAAAACUAACAGUCCAAUUUGCUGAGGUAAAGGCUUGGCGCCAUUAAAAUUAUAAAAAAAAUUCCACAUGGAAUGUACAUCUCACAAGAAUUUUUCUUACUCUUCUGAAACGAAUUCAAUGAAAUCUUUCGAAUCCUAUGAUGACGAUAACCCUGGACCGUUUAGCAAAAACAGUAGUAAAGAAGGAGUGGUUCAAAGAGGAGUUCUUAAGAAAACUGACACCGCAGUAGAAUUUGUUGUUACAAGUGAUUCAAACAGCACGAAUAGUACUAAAAACCAUGGCAUGGACGCCGAAGUACAGACCAACAUAGUUGUCUAUCCUCAUCUCCUAGACGUGAAGGAAUUGGCAAACGUUGUCGUAGAAAUAUCUGUUCAAACAUCGAUUACGUUUCCACCUAAUGAAUCUCUAUCAAACGUUGUGUCGAACUUAAAGAACCCACUGGUACACAGGUCAAACUACGAGGAGGUUCCGGGUCCAUCGACAACCGACGUGGACGAAACCAAAGACACGGAUUCUAAAUCGGACCAGUCAAGUUCAAAAAAAGGCGGCGAAAAGAGGACCAAACAUUCUUCGUGUACUAAAGCUCAAGCAUCAGUUAAUAAGUAAAUAAUAAAAAAGACGUUUUGAACAAAACAAUAGAUUGUCGUAUCGUUAAUUGAAAUUUAAAAAAAUGUCAAAAUUAUUGUAAGAAUAUAUCAGUAAAUCAUUUAAGGCACACAACCAUUUAUUAAUAAAUAGUAGGAGUCCUGUUCUUUCUGGUUUCCCUAGGGAAACCUACGCAUUUUCUGGAUACUCUCUAUAGAUAACUGUCGAUAUCAAAGCAAUAACCUGCUGGACAACAUAGAUCAUAACGCGAAUCGUAAAGGCCUGAUAAUGUCCUCGUAACGUUAUCGAUGAUUGAAUCUGAUCAAAUUGAAGCAGUCGACGUUGGGGUUCAAACUCUUCUUCAUUGUUACGAAGACAAUCACCAGAACAUUUAUGUUUCUUCCAACCGUGUUGUUCAGACGGUCAUUUCUUCUAUUCCUCUGAGAGACGACUACGACGAUUCUAUUUUUAUUGGCUUAUUAGGAUUCAUUCCUUAUUCCGAGAUAUAUGUGGAGUCUGAGAAUAUCAUCGUACUACCCCGUAAAAGGAAAUUGCAGUGGGCAGACCCUUUCACUAUGGAAUUGAGUUCUGAUUCAGAUAGUAUCCAAAGUAAUUUGAAGUAUAAGAAAAUGGAACCUGCGAGAUGCAAUCAAGAAACUCAAACUAUAAUUGCAGUUUAUCCGCAUGUUCUGGACGAUGGUGAUGUGGCCCAUGUCAUGCAAAAUAUUACAUGUCAAACUUCUAUAACCGCUUUACCAGACGAAUCUAUUACCAAUAUUGUACCGAUUCUUAAACAACAAUUACCGCACAAUUCAAUGUCACAAAAGACAACAACUAUCCCGAAAUAUUCAGAAAACAAUACUACAGAACCAGGUAAUAGCGAACAUCCAGUUACUGGAGGUUCAAAUGAUGCUCCUGCAGGCUCAGGCACUCCUGACAAUUCAAAUCUUCCCGAAGAUUCAGUAGCUCCAGAGGAUUCGAAUCUUCCCGAAGAUUCGGAUGUUCCUGAAAAUUUAAAGCAAUCUGACGAAGAACAGUUACCACCAGCUUCUAAAGAAUUAGAAGAAAACAUUCCCGGGGAAUUAAAAGAAAUUUCUGAAGGACCCGAAAAGAAUGAUUCUUGUAAAAUUAGCGAUCCUUGUUCAAAAAGUCCUUGCAUUGAAAAGGUGAUCCACAGGGACGACUGUUUUGAAAAUAAAGUAAGAGGAAUCCUGCAAAUGGCUGCGGAAGUUUUCGAAACUGAAAUCUGUGAAUUUUUCGAAGAACACCCGGGCGAAAAAAAAGUUGCACUUUGUAAAGAACUCUUUAAUUUUGCGGGCAUUUCUGGUUCCAAGGAGGCAGACCAAUGGGAUAAAGCAGUUAAAGACUUGGACAAAAUAGCUGCUGAGGGUGUCAACGAAGAAAACGUUUUUUCAUCUACACCCGAUGUAAAUCAGGAGGGCAUUGUCAGGCCUGUCGAAAUUUCGCCGACAAAUAAUAAUUCGGGUAACUGUUUUUGCCAAAAACGAACGAUAAAAGAUGUAGCAUCACCAGUGAAAAGAUCCAGUAAAAUACCACGUCUGAUUCAGUGUUGCGGAAAAACUGCAAACUUUUGUGGUAAUCAACAAUCAAGUAAAAUCCCGGUUUUAACUAAACGACGCUCAAAGGUUUCUCAACAAAUACAACCCUGUGUUACUUCUUCUGGUCCAGGUGAUUGCAAAGAGGUACGUUUUUCUUUCAAUUUGCCUUCUCCCCAGCUGUUUACAACAAUCGAAUCGAAGCCCCAAUACGAAUUUAAUCAUCGAUUACCGUCUGCUAUGAAACGGAGCAUUCAAGUGGGUGUAGGCCAGUGCUGUAGUACCAGGGAUGGUAUAGAGAUUCAACAAGUUUCUUCUCCGGAACCCAUACAAAACUUUGUUUACGAGUGCGACGCGGGGUACGUUGAAUCGUAUCUACAAUCUUUGGGAAACGAAAUAAAAGGUUGUCAGACUGAGAGAACAGAAUUGGGCGAAGGGGAUUGGGAUUGGGAAGAGGACGAAGAGGAAGACCCUUGCUUAUGCGAUCCCUGGAAAAAAAUCGCCGUACCACUUCCUGGUACUUACGUAUUAAAAAAGACAAAGAAAUCAUCUGAAGAAGAAAAUGAACAGACUUCAACAAAUGAUAUGGAUUUUUUGUCAAUUGAGUCGAAAAAGUUACCGACCCUUGAGCUAGUCAAACUCCCCGUUUACGAUCCCAAAUAUUUUAAAAUGACCGAAUUAUAUAUGGAACCACUGUACGAUUUCUAUCCCAUGGAAACCGAACCCGAAGACGUUUGUGGUCCAGAAACAGAAAUGCCUUGGGAAGACAUAGUUCUUCCAGAAAAGUGCAGAAUAAAAAAAGCCAACCCAACCGUUUGUACUUGUUCAAGUAGGAAACGUUUCAGCGUAUUUUCUUCCGAUAAAAAUCGUAAGGAAACCGACACAAAUGCCUCUUCGUUUGGACCUGAUCCUUGUGGAACUGUAAAUAUUAAUGCCACGGCUACAACUAGUGGGAAAUCUUCUACAAUUAUCAUUCAUAUCAAACCUCCCAACGAGGACGACAGCAACUCAAAUGAUUCUGAAUCUAUAGACAGCGUUUGUUUAAAAGAACUUCCUUUUUACGGAAUAUCGCAAUCGACUGGCACCUGUGGUUGUCCUAAACGGCAACCCUCCACUGAUGCAAAAGGGAAGCUUCCUUCCAAAUCACCUCGAAGCGUUUUAGAAAUAAAACCAAAAAAGAAGACGUUGGAUAUACCUUCAAAUCCUCCUGAAGGACUACACAAAAUUAUCAAGAAAGUAGGUGUAAGGCCUGCAAUGGAAGAAAUCACUUGUGAAACACAAAAUAAAUCGACUGACACAGAUAAAUGUGAUCAAGCUACCGAAACCAUUUCGUCAAUGUGUUCUAGAAAUCAUGCAACAUCUAAGGCUCAAUGUAAAAAAUCAGAUCUAGGCAAAAGUUGUAGUAAAACACCUAGACAAAACCCUGCAUGCCGUUGUAGAAGAACCAGGAGCAAUUCCGACUGUAACAAUAAAAAUACCAAAGAUAUAUCGACUUGUACCUCCAAAACGAUGAUGAGGCAAAGGGCUGGCGCCAGCGGGGUUUCCAAAUGUAGUGUUGGUUGUGGACCAGGGGUUUAUGUUUCUGUAGCAGCUGCCGAGAGAGAUAAACACAGCUCUCAAUCGACGUCUAAAAAAGCUUGUCCUUCAUCUGAAGAAACCAACACUGACAAAUCUCUCCCAAAAAUAAGAGCCAUCCAUUCUUUGAAACGCAUUGGACAACCCAAUGCACGAAUUUGUAAAGAUAUUCCUUCGAAUAACGAAGUAUUUGAACUGUUCAGCAAAGGACAAACUAAAGUUCAUUUUGGAGUUAAGGCAGUAUCUAAAGACUCAGCCGGUAAUAGACAAUCUGAUAAAGGUUUCUGCAUAUUCGAAUCGAAACCAGAAGAUGUGAACGAACUUGAGACAGAACCACCGUCAUUAAAUCGAGAACCAUCUUCAACAAAAGAUGAUGCCUGUUCUCCUUCGAAACCCCAAAGAAAAUAUCCAGUGGUUGCAGCCCUUAACGCGUUUGAAGAAGAAAUGAAACCCUUACGCGCUGCUCUUUGUCAAUUGCAAAAAAGAAUAUACUCUUUAGAUCUUCCUGAGAUGCAGUCACGCCAUUCCUAGACCAACGGUAGACACGGCGGUUCUUGCAAAAGGUCCCAGUACAGUAUCAGGUUUGCAAAGUAGCACCACAAAUGUGACUACUGCUACAGACGGAUAUUUAUGUUCUCGGAACUCUGAAGUAGACACUCUAAUGAAUUCUUCUACGACUACAAGUUUUACUAAUGAUUCUGAAGCAUCUGAAGAUUGAAUCAUACAACAUUCACUACCUCACAGUGAUUUGGUUUCUGUUGUCUUUUAUUAAUAACCAACUUAUACUACGCAAAUGUAAAAUUACGAUAACAAUAAUAAAAAUUCGUGCCAAAGCACCUUCGGAGUCUGAAAUUUUCAGAUUUUAGAUUUGGCAUUUUAUAAUGUCAGAAUGUACCUACAUACUCGUUUUUGAUGUUUAUAUACGUACGUCUUUUGAUUGUCAUCUAAAUAAUGACAAUUGUUCAUAAAAUUGUUUUCCUGGGUACUUGGGUCAAUGAAUUCCAAAUUUUCAAACACCAAUGGAGAAGGCUUUGUGUUGUGUGGCGUUUCUAAAAAAUGCGAACGAUUAAAUUUACCGUCAGAACCUCCGGUAGGAUUUUAUUCAAUAAUUCGCAAAAUUAAAAGACAGGGGGUGAGUGAAACUGUGCUACAACGAUUAUCUCAAACGGAUAAAAUAUUAAGAAAUGAUGAUAAUGUAUUCAAAGGUGAUACGGAAGAAUGUGAAUUAUUUCCAAAUGAAGGGGAGAGCGUUAAAGAUGGUACAACUCAAGUAGUGGACGAAGAUGCGUCGGAUACAAGCUCGUCUAAAUCGUCAGGAGUUGUAAGUGUCAUUUGUGUUCAAAAACAGGACCCUAACAAUUUAUCAACGACUUCGGUUCUUCUUGUAGAAGAUGUAGCGAUUAACACUUCGGAUACUUUCUUGUGGGAUAACGAAGACAAAUACAGACAGAUGUGUAGUAAAUACACAAGUACGUCGCAUAUUCCCGACAAGGAGUCGUCAGAAAUUUCCAUUGAGUCAGAAAACGCGUCAGACGGGGUUGUAUUUGAAGUGACCAAACUCGUGCAGACUGAUUCAGUCGAUGACGUACAAUUUAAAGAUGAAGUAACACAGACGGGAGAUAGUUUUACUGAGUUUAACGAUUUACAUUCGCAAACAAACAUAUUUGAAAAAUCCUACGAACAGCAGUCGACUUUCAAUUUGAUAGAUUCAAUCAGUAGUAAAGCUAUUUUUAAUAAUACGUUGCCUAUAGACUCAAAUGUUAUGAUCAGUUCCUCUCGAUUAGAAUGUAACAAAUCUAUGAAUAUUGUAGCAAAUCGUUCUGUUGAAGUUCAAGUGAAAUUGGAUAAUGAUCGUUUUCCAAACAAUCCAGAAAAUGUUAUAGAUGAUAAAGAUAGCAGGGAAAUCUUCAGAAGGGUUGUGAGCUAUUCAGUUGGGGUGCAAGUUAAUUUGGAAGAUAGGAAAACCCCUAUCAGUAGAUCUGAUAAGGCCGUUGGGGUUCCCGAAGAAGUUGAUAAAAUUUUUGGUCAUGAAAUUGACGAUUUUGACAACAGCAUCUCUAGCUAUCAUAGUACGAGGUUUUUAACAAAACUCAUAGAGGAGGAUCACGAUUUGGAAGGUGUUUCAGAAAAAACGGGAAAGAAUGGAAAACAAGGAUAUUAUUCAGAUAAAAUAAGAGCCGGAAAUGCUCCUUCAUGUUGUUCCAAUCAAGGACUACACCGUAGUAGCAAAAAAGAUUUUGAACCGUCGUUGUCAGAAAACCGGAGCAAGUUGAUCAGUACUACUUUUCGAAAUACUGAAACAACUUCGAUUUUUUCACCGAGUCCUCGGAACAACAACUCGUUCUUCUCAAAUUCUUCGUCAGAUAUGGAUCAAAUCUACAAUAAAACAAAAACAUUUCUUGGGGGAACGGGAAAUAGAAAACCGUAUUCAAAUGUUGGAUCUCCCCGGUGGCAUUCCAAUAAAAAUGAAUGCAUUCAAUUAGAAAAAUCAUAUUCCAUGCACAGUAAGAGUUCUUCUUCUCUUAGACAUAAAAAUCAUGACUUUAGAGAUGACAAAUGGUACAAUUUAUCUAUUGAUUUGAAAGCAAAAGGCGAAGAGAAAUCAAAAGAAGGUGCAACGGAUAUGAUAAGUUAUAAACAUAGCGAAGAAAAGUUUCCCGUUCUAGCAGCUUUUAGAAAUUUCUCAGAAGAAAUGAAACCAUUGAAGAAAUCGCUACAAGAGCUGAGAAAGAAAAUCUACGACCUUAAUUUGGCGGAAAUACCACCCCCUGAUUUUUCUAAUGCGUCAGAUUUGGUUUUCUCGGAAGAUCAUAAGUCAGUUUCAAAAAUUGUUGAAUUGCGAAAGAGCAACAGUCCAAUGAGAUGCCAGUAUUCAUCACGUGCCGUUUUUAUGGGUACCCCAGAAGUUUCGUCAAUUUCUUCCAUGGAUUCAGAUUUUUCAGAUGAUGAAAACGAAUUGCCUCUAUUAAAUGUUUUGCGAUCUGUACUUGAGAAAGAAGAAAGGAAAAGAAGUAGAAGACGAAGGAAAAAAGAAACUACAAGAACAAACUCACGUGUUACUAAAAAUUAAAUAAGUUUUUCUGAAUAUUGUUCGGGUCAUUAUACGUGUUAAAUCUA